CAACGCAACGUCAGUAUAAGAGGCCCUUGAGGCGGUUCGGUUGCGCUGCUUUUUAAUUCCCAAAUCGUUAACGGCGGGAAAGCAAGAGCCAACGCCAUCCCCCAAAGUUUCCCCCAUUCUUGAAAAGCGUUCUGAACUGAAGCGGCCGAAACCGGCUGUGACUUUCCGGCGAGAAAUGUCGGGUGGUGGGCAGACGAUAUGGGCACUGAACGUGGCGGAGAAGCCGUCGGUGGCGAAGGCCGUGGCCGGAAUACUGUCGAAGAGCCAAGGUGGGAUGAGGCGGGUGAGGGAGGGGAGAUCCAGGUUCAACAAGAUCUUCGAGUUCAGCUACAAUAUCAGGGGCCAGCAGUGCCACAUGCUCUUCACGUCAGUGACGGGCCACCUCAUGGAGCUCGACUUCGAAGACCGCUACCGUAAAUGGCACUCCUGCGACCCCGCCGACCUGUACCAUGCCCCUGUCCGCAAAUACGUUCCCGACGACAAAUUGGAUAUAAAGAGAACGCUGGAGGAGGAAUCGAGAAAGUGCCAGUGGCUGGUGCUCUGGUUGGAUUGCGAUAGAGAAGGAGAAAACAUUGCAUUUGAAGUUGUGCAAGUUUGUACGGCUGCCAAUCCUCGUCUCAAUGUGUGGAGGGCUCGUUUCUCCGCCUUAAUUGAAAGGGAAAUCCGUGAAUCAGUGCAGACUCUAGGUCGACCUAAUCAAUUGUUUGCGGAUGCUGUGGAUGCUAGGCAAGAAAUAGAUCUCCGGAUUGGUGCUUCAUUCACUAGAUUUCAGACUAUGCUGUUGAGAGAUGCAUUUAAUCUUGAUUUUGCUCCUGAUGAGAGAAAUGUUGUUCUAAGUUAUGGUCCUUGUCAGUUCCCUACGCUAGGUUUUGUUGUAGAACGAUAUUGGGAGAUUCAAUCACACGAGCCUGAAGAGUUCUGGACAAUCAACUGCACUCACAACUCAGAUGAAGGAACUGCUGCCUUCAGUUGGAUGCGUGGGCAUAUGUUUGAUCAUAUUUGUACUGUAAUCAUCUAUGAAAUGUGUGUUCAAGAAUCCACUGCAACUGUCACAAAAGUUAGACAACAGGAGAAACUGAAGUAUCCUCCUCAUCCUCUAAGUACUAUUGAGCUUGAAAAACGUGCAUCACGGUACUUUCGGAUGAGUUCUGAACAAACCAUGAAGGUGGCAGAAGAGCUUUACCAAACUGGCUUCAUCAGUUAUCCACGUACAGAGACGGACUGUUUCUCAGAGAAAACUGAUUUGCGUGCAAUUGUGCAAGAACAACAGGGACAUCCUGUUUGGGGUUCUUAUGCCCAGCGCCUGUUGGAUCCUGGAGAAGGACUGUGGAGAAACCCAAGUAGUGGUGGCCAUGAUGACAAAGCUCAUCCUCCAAUCCAUCCUACAAAUUUUUCUAGUGGCCAGUCUAGAUGGAGUCAGGACCACCAUAGAUUGUACGAGUUGGUUGUUCGCCAUUUCCUGGCCUGUGUUUCCAAACCAGCUGUAGGAGCUGAAACUACAGUUGAAAUUGAAAUUGGUGGUGAAUUAUUUUCUGCAUCUGGUAGAGCAAUACUUGAGAAAAAUUACUUGGAUGUCUACAGAUUUGAAGCUUGGGGAGGUUCAAUGAUCCCAAGAUAUACUUUUGGGCAACAGUUCAUCCCAACAACAUUGACUCUUGAUUCAGGUGUUACUAGACCACCACCCCUUCUAAGUGAAGCUGAUUUGUUAAAUUGCAUGGACAAGGCAGGAAUUGGGACAGAUGCAACCAUGCAUGACCACAUAAAAAAGCUUUUUGACCGAUUUUAUGCGACCAAAGACUCCAAUACUCGUUUCUCCCCCACCAAUCUUGGCGAGGCACUAGUUAUGGGAUAUGAUGACAUGGGCUAUGAACUUUGGAAACCAUAUCUUCGAGCUGCAGUGGAGAAUGACAUGAAAGCAGUUAGCAUAGGGACAAAGAGAAAAGCAGAGGUUUUGUGCACAUGCUUGGAGCAAAUGAAAGCUUGCUUCUUAGAUGCUAGGUUGAAUAAAGCGAAAUUAUUUGAAGCCAUGGCAGUUUUUUUUGAGAGAUCUACUAGAUCAGGUACAAAUGAUCAGUAUACAAUUCAAGAUGUAGUUCGACGAUGUGAUGUUUGCCAAGAGUCAGAUAUGGUGCUUAGGCAGAAACCGGAUGGGAACUUCAUGGUUGGGUGCAUAGGUUUCCCACAAUGUAGAAAUGUUGUGUGGCUUCCCGGAUCAACAGCUGAAGCAAGCGUUACCACUAACCACUGCCGCGUGUGUACUCCAGGUCCUGUUUUCAUGAUCCAGUUUAAGUUUCGCCGGCUGGAGAUACCACCCAACUAUAAUGUGGACCAUUUAGGUUGCAUUGGUGGCUGUGAUGAAAUUCUGAAGCAACUGGUAGAAAUUUGUGGAACUGGUUCCCGCAAUCUGUCUGCCAUACCAGCAAGAGCUCGAGGACGCACUGCAUCAGUCAGCAGGACCCAACAGAGUAAUUCAAGGCAGACAGCUUGCGGCCACUGUGGGCAAUAUUCGCACUCUUCAAAUGAUUGCCCUUCACAGCCUUCACAUUCAUUUGGGUCUCGGCAUCAAGGAGUGAAUGAACAAACUGGAGAAUCUUCAAUUCCUUGUGAUACGUGCGGUGCGCCAUGCAUCAUGCGGACUGCAAAUACUGCAAAUAACAGGGGAAGAAAGUUUUACUCCUGUCAAUCACAGGGCUGCAACUUCUUUGUAUGGGUGGAUAGCCUAAGCAACAAUGGAGGAAGAAGACGUGGUCGUGCAAGUAUGAGCAGCGGCUCGGCAUCGAGUUCCAGAUUGGGCGGGCGGGGACUAGGCGGGGGAGGCCAUGCGUCUGACACGACGACGACCUUUGUGUCGGCAGCAACAGGUGAACCCAUUAAUCCCACAUCAAAUAGAAGGCGUUGUUAUGUAUGUGGGGAUCCAUCACACUUUGCUAAUGCAUGCCCUAAUCGUGGUAGUUAGCAAGUGAUGUCUUGCUAAUGCUAUUACAAGUGUGUCUGCAGUUGGGUGCUGCUGCGAUUAGGACUUCUUUUUGUCUGUUUUUGGGCAAUUCGUUAGUUUAUAUGUAAUGCAUUAAUGCUAAGUGCUACUAAUAUCUUGCAAUUGUAACCAUUGCAUUCUCACUCAUGGUCAUGAACCAAUCAGUAAUACGGUGGGUGGGUGAUACAGUGCAAUGCUAUCGUGCUCGGAGAUAUACAACAUAUAGCCAGAGAAGAUGUAGCUUUAAAAUGUGCCACAUUCCAUUAAAAUUCGUUCUUGUGGUUGUGGCGUUCGUUGGGUUUCUUUGAAAUUGAAUUACAAAUGCAUCCCAAGAUCUCGCCUUUUGCUCAAUUGAAUUAGAAAUUUUACAAU